GCCCUCACGGCCAUCCUCUGCACUUCUGUCUCAUCCUGCUAGCAUAUAACAUAAAUAUAACUCGCUCAUCGACUCUCGCGCGCCGCCUCGCCUCCACCAUGGCCCUCGCCAGUCAGUAGCCAGCAGCUACGCACACACGGAAGUCAUACCAGCUUCACUGUCUUUUCCCCUUUUCUCGAGUUGAAUAACCAAUGCAUGGGGAUAUUCGAGAUGGGCCUCGGUCACCUGUCGCCUACAGGGGGCAUAAUAAUCGGCGUACUGGUCGGAGUGAUAUCAACGAGUUUGCAGGCUGUCGGACUUACGCUGCAACGGAAAUCGCAUAUACUUGAAGAUGAGAAGUUUCCCUACGACACGCGCCGACCGGCCUUUAAACGGAGAAGAUGGCAGAUCGGAAUGUUCAUGUUCGUCAGUGCCAAUAUCGUUGGGAGCACUAUACAGAUUACGACGCUGCCUCUACCAGUCCUGUCUACCCUACAAGCUUCCGGCCUUGUUUUUAAUACCAUAUUUGCAACUUUGAUCCUUGGGGAGCCGUUCACGCGGUACUCAGUAAUCGGAACAUGUCUAGUAUGCGCUGGCGCUAUUCUGAUUGCCACAUUUGGAGCUAUUGGUGAACCCGCCCACACUUUGGAUCAACUACUUAAACUCCUUGUUCGGCCUGCGUUCCUCCACUGGAUGGCUGGAACGGGCGUGGUUGUUCUGCUUUUAGUCCUAGGAGCUCGUGCCUUGAAGGUGUCCCCUACACCUGCCCAGGCAAGGGGAUAUAUGUCCAUUUGGUCUCCACACCUCCAUCACAGUCCCAGGAUAAAGCUAGUACGUGGGAUGAUAUACGGAUCACUCAGUGGUAUCCUAUCAGCCCACUGCCUUCUCCUUGCAAAAUCUGCAGUCGAGCUGGUUGUACGAACGAUUUCGGAUCAGGACAACCAGUUUGUCUUUUGGCAGUCUUGGAUCAUCCUGCUUGCGCUCGUCGCUUUGGCCCUGACUCAGAUGUACUAUAUGCACCGUGGCCUGAAGUUGUGCAGUACAAGUGUCUUAUAUCCUUAUGUGUUUUGCGUUUACAACAUAAUCGCCAUUCUAGAUGGCUUAAUAUAUUUUCACCAGGCCUCCCAACUUUCCGGGCUUCAUGCUGGAUUGAUAGCCCUUGGAACGGUUAUUCUACUGUCCGGGGUACUUUGCCUUUCCUGGAGAUUGGAAGAAUCCCCUACGCAUCCCGGACAGGCUGCCGUGCCUCCUCCAACAAGCGCUAUAGGCCCUGGUCUUGGUUUAAUGGAGGAACCAGAUACCUCCGCUGCAACAUACGCUGAUUUCACACAUCCCGGUGACGAAGAAUCAUAUCUGGGCGAACGUCAACCUCUACUACAUCAUACACCCCGUCUCCGACAACCUUCCAGUCCCUUCAACCACCCAUAUCGAGCCUCCACCUUUUCACACAGACGUUCCACCAACCCAGGCCUAGAAACUGCAGAGAUUUUGGCAGAGCUCCGAGACGACCAGAACGAUGGUGACCUCGGUGGCCGUCGAGAGCUACUUGCUCGCUCGGCUCUCCUCCCUCAAGACUCUCCAUCGUGGCCCCGUCGAGCGUCAAAACGACAACGGCGUAAGAGCACAACCUCCGUUUCGACCGGCCAUAGACGUUUAUUUUCUCUCUGGGGAACGUCCAGUGAGACAACGGUGCCUACAGGCAAUGACCGGGAUGGCAGAAAAUUGACAGAUCCCAAAAGAGCAAAUUUUGCAGAGGGAUCUUAG